AUGUCUGAGGAUUCUACAACUAUUUCUACAUUGGAAUAUGGAUGUUCAGGAGGAGCAUUGCAGGUUCGCAUUUUACGCACAUGGACUCCACAAAUUCGAUCAUAUGAAACCUGGUUCCUAGCAGUUGACAAGCAUGGAGAUACCAUUCAGAUUCUGGGACAGAAAAAAGAUCAAGGACACAUAAAAUCCAUAUUGACUAUUUCAAACUGUUACACCAUCUCUGACUAUGCGUGUGCCGAACCGGACGAAUAUCAAAAUUGUAUAGGCAAAGAAAUAUAUAUUAGUGUUGGCAAUGCCUCCUCAAUCUGCCGAAUUCCAGAUACAAGAAUAAUACCUACAACUUCGUUUCGCUUUAUAUCUAAAAUCCAAAUACCAGACUAUGUAAAACAAGAUCCAGAUUUCUUAGGUGUGUUUGUCAAAUUCAGAGAACUCACGACAAAAAACAAGGAACCUUACACACUUCUCAUACUCACAACGGAAUCUGACGAAGAAAUUGCUAUUGGUCUAUGGAAAGAAUGUACCAAUGUAGUGGAAAAAUUUGACCGCAACCUUAUUGAGGCCACACCUGCUCCAACAGUUCUCGCUGUGACAAAUGCAAAGAUCAUGACAGUUGCAGGUGCACUAAAAGUAGGAACAACAAGUGCAAGUCAUGUGUAUAUCAACCCAUCAAUUCCAGAAACAGCUGCCCUACUUGACAGGUUUAUGCGAAAUUGUACGUCCCGUUCUGCGUGUAAAGGCCCUCCAACACCGUUAUAUGACAUAAACGAAAAACCAUAUUCAGAACUAUUGGACAAAACCUUUACUGUAAAAGCAUCUGCCGUUAACAUCACUUUUACAAACAACUGGUACCAAGUUCUAUGCCCCCUAUGUAAGACAAGCAGCUUUAAAAAGGGUAACGACUGGUUCUGUACAUCAGAUGGAAUGGUCACAACCCCAAUCUUCAUGUACAAACUUUCAACAACGUUGACAGAUACCACAGACUCGAUAACCACAAACUUAUCCAACAACACGGUCGAAAAACUCACUUCGAUAACAUCUGAAAAAGCUAUACAACAAUAUGGACAUACUCAUAGAAAAACCUUACCACCCUUCAUCCAAAAUUGCAAAGGUUUACAAAAAAAAAUGGGUAUUACAAAUGACCAAAAACUCGAGUGCGGGCAACAUUCGCUUCACAACAAUUGA